AUGUCGGCCCAGAUCGAGUACAAUCAGAUGCCAAGAGAGCCUGCGCCAGCCGUGCUCUCGGAGCAGAAGUUCAACGCCGAGCAACCGCGCCCAAGCGAGCCGAUGACAAUGGACCAAACAACGCACCUCCGCGGCGGGCGAGGCGGCGAUGGCGGACCCCCCAGAGAGCCCAUCUUUGCCUCCAACCCCCCCCCCUUCAUUCUCGACUUCCCACGCCUGCGCCUGAAAGCCCACAUCGACCUCUGUCCAGUCACGUAA